AUGGAGCGAUCAAAGCCCCAGGCUUUCCUGUCGAGCUACGCGCCGCGCCUGCGUGCCUACAACAACUCGCUCCUCACUCCCGUCCUCCCUAGUGCGCCAGUAGCACCUCUCUCCAGGACCACCAAGCGAGGCACGACCAUCAUUAACUACGCCGAGGAUGGAUAUGAUGACCUCGAGUACGAUAGCGAUGAUCGCCGACGGCCUACAGGACUGCGCAGUUUGCGCAAGGAGGACUCAGCUUCCAGGCAAGACCUUGUGGACAAGGCUGGCAAGGAGACCAGACGUCCGGUUGACGUCCAGGGAAUAUGGCGCGACUGGAUAGGAAAGACUCGAUAUGUCAGGACGGACCAGCAGAAUGCCGCCCAGGCCAGCCUGCCCCUGACGCUGAUUCCCAUCCGAAUCGACCUCGACAUUCCCUCCUUUAUCCCCCAGGCGCCAUACCCCCCGCCAAACCCAAAUUCUACCGACAUUACUCUACCACAAUACCGGCCGCAAGAGCCAACAGUACCAUAUAAGCUUCGGGACAUCUUUUGCUGGAACCUGCAUGAGACCCUCAUCACAACCGACCAGUUCGCUCAGACCCUGGUGCAGGAUCUUGACCUCCCUAAUCGUCAACACGCCAUUGCAGAAAUCAGCAAGCAGAUCCGUACGCAACUAGAGGAGUACUCGGGAGUUGCUCUUCAUCCCCUCUUCCACGCAGAGACACAACAGACACAGCAACCGACACAGACGUUAACGAGCGGGAAUGGGACUUCCAACGGAGUUGUUAAGGCGCAAUCCGCCGAUUCUCCCGCUUCCUUACCAAGGGCGACAUCGAGACCGGAUACUCCUGCGCAGACCGGAGGGGUCGCAACACCUUCCCAAGCCCCCACUGUUGACACCCCCAAGGUGACGGCGGAGGCGACGCCAAUCCUACCAGGAUCUGAUGAUUACAACCCCGACGACACGUACCGCUGCAUCAUUAACCUGAAUCUGAAUCUCUCAUCUACGCUGUACACUGACAAAUUCGAAUGGUCUCUGCUGCAUCCGCCCGGAACGGCGGAAGCGUUCGCCAAAAUGACAUGCGCCGACCUGGGUUUGACGGGCGAGUGGAUUCCGGCAAUGACACACGCCAUCUACGAAGCGGUACUGCGCCUGAAGAAGGAAGCGUGCGAGGCGGGCGGAAUCGUCGCGGGAUGGGGCGGGCUGCAGCAGGAACUCCCCAACGACGCCGCCCACGGCACGGAGGCCGGCUGGAGAUACGACCCGGACCACCUUGCCGACGACUGGGAACCCAAGGUCGAAAUCCUUAGCAAGGAAGAGAUGGAGAAACGCGAGGGUGACCGCGAGAGGCAAGUCCGCCGUCUGCGACGAGAAACCGCCCGCUUCAGUUCCACGACCGGCCUGUUGGGCGGUACGCCCGUGGGCACGGUGGACGUCGAGGAGGAGCGGAUGGGACGCGGCGAGCGAUCAAAGAAGAAGCGCCGGUUCAGGAGUCUGAGUCCGCUGGGCCGAUCCGGGACUCCCGGUGGCCGUGGAACCCCAGACGCCGGUGGCUACGGCGGCGGUGGUUCGCUUGCCGAUGCAGAGCGGCUGUCGUGGCGCUGCUCGCAUUGUCGCAUCUGGGGUUCUGGUGUCUGGGCCGUACGAGAUGGCCCUGCUGGGCCUAGAACUCUAUGUGCCAAUUGUGGUUACAUGUACGAACAUGACCGGAAACUGCCCCGCCAGACGAAGAAUUUACACAUGCAGGAUAUCCGCGUCAUCUAG